CUAGGACAGCAAAUCGGAGUGGAAGUCGUUUAGUAAACGUAUACUUUUUUUCCCAUUUCAUCGGAGGAAAAUCAAAUAACAGCCAAAAUGGGGAAAGGUUUCAAUAAUUACAUGACCAAAAAGUUCUUCCAUCCUUCAAGUAAAGAAAACAUAAAGAGGGUAUGGAUGGCACAGCAAAAAACAGAAUUCGAGAAGAAAAAAGAGGAAGAUAUGGUUGCUCAGUACAGAAAGGAACAGGAUAUGUACGAAAACAGAAAGAAGAGGGUGAGCCUGAAUACAAGUUUGAAUGGCAGAGAAAAUUUAAUGCUCCUAGAGAACAAAUUUUUUGCAGCAAAGACAAGUGCAACGUCUCUACUGGAGUCUAUGAGAGAAGAUGGUUUUACACUGAAACAGUCCCUACUCGGAAAGAUGGCUGACCCAAAGGCUGAUAAUGAGCAACUGUUGCCUAGCGAUGGUGAAGAUGACCCUGAAGUGAAGUUUCUCAAGUCACUGUCUGCUAAGCAGAAGAAAAAGUUACUAAAGAAACUCAACAGGUUACAACAGGGACAGACCGGAGGAAAAAUUGAUAAAAAGAAGAAGAAGAAAAGGAAGAAAGAACAGAAGCACAAAUCAGACAAAAGGAGGAAAGACAGUGCUAGUUCAGUUGAAUCAGAGGAUGGAAAGAGAAAGAGAACAAAGAAAAAGAUGAAACAAUCAUCUGAAUCAAGUGAUUCUGAAACAGAUGAUGAAAGGACCAUAAAGAAAAGACACAGCAGUAUUAGUAAAAAGUCUUCUAAAAGAAGAGAUUCUCCUUCACCUGAACAUAUGUAUAGAAAUGGCAAUGUGGAUAGACACAGAGAUCAUGAUAAAGACAGAAACAAUGCAGUUAGACAUUAUAAUGAAAGAGGCAGAGAAACGUUUGAAAAUCGUAGCGGUCAGAACAGAGAAAGACGAGCUGAAAGCCCUCGAAAUGGCAGGAACAGAGAACAAAGAAGAGAUAAUGUUGAAUUUGAUAAAAGAAGGAGAAGUAGGUCUAAAGAUAGAAGUAGAUCUAGGGACAGAAUACGCAGGGAUGAUAGAAAUAGAGACAAUGAUAAGCAAAGGUAUAGAGAUAGAUCAGGUUCUUCAGACAGAGGAAGAAUAAAUAAAGGCAGCAAAAGAUCCAGACAAAAAGGGAGUGAGUCUCCAAAUUAUAGACAGAGACGCAGAGCAGAUAGUGAUGAGAGAGAUAAAUCUGAUAGACUUAAAUCAAGACAUCGGAGAGACGACAGUUUGUCACAGUCUGAUCAAAGUGACAGUUCCUUGGAAAGAAAGCCUAAAAGGUCUAACAGAAGGUCUGAAUCACCCAGACAAAGAGUUGCAAAGAGAGAAAAAUAUGAGAGAGAUACAGGUAGAGCUGCUGAGAGACGAAGGUCUAGAUCUAAUGAAAGACGAAGGUCUAGGUCUAAUGAAAGACGAAGGUCUAGAUCUAAUGAAAGACGAAGGUCUGUAUCUACUGAAAUACAGAGAUCAUGUGAGAGAUAUAAAUUGCAUAAAAACCGAAGAUCAUCGGAAAGAAAGAGGCAAAGUAGUUCAGAUUCUGGGGAGUCCAGUUCUGACUGACACUGCAGGAUAUAAUAAUACAUGAAUCUUGUGUAAAUUGAUUGAUACUAUGUAUGUUAUGUAUUUAUCUGUGAUUUAGAAUUGUUGGGCUGGAAUUGAUAAAUAAAUAUAUGAUAAGCGUAUCCCUGAAAAAUGGACAUUAUAUACUGAAUCUGAUGAAAUAACAUACAGUUCAGGGAAUAAGAUUCUGAUGCUUGCUAGAGGAUGAACCUAUGGUUGUUACUUUAUCUGCCAUGUUUGUUCAAUGUCACACUGUCCUUACGUGGAGCAUAACUCAGGAUUAUUGCCAGGCAUUUUCAGCUGGGUGUACCGCCCAGCUAAAAUAUCUUAAAAGAGUCCACAAUAGAAUUUCAAUUUGCAAAUUGUCCAAAUUUUACAAAUCUUAACACCUGUACUCAUAACCAGUUCAUAAUUACCAUUUUGUUAAUGCCUACAGGCAAAUGUCACGUUAAUGUGUACUCCAGAAAGACUAGAAUUAAAAUUGAUAAUGUAUAGUCACAGUGUUAAAAACUACUCUUUUUACAGCCAACUGUCAAUUGUACUCUCAUUUUUAUGCAUUUUAAAUUUUUGUGAACCACUUACUAUUUUCAGGGGAAAUACAUUUGUCUUAAAUACUUGUAAUGUCAGACACAUUUUUGUAAUGCACACAUUGAUUUAUGCCCUUUUGAUUGACAUUAUUUAAAUGAAAACGGUGGUAGAAAUAGACAAAUCUGUGAAGUUUAAGCCAUAUAAAAUAGACAAUGGUAGAAUAUGUUGAACUAUUGCCUGUUCUGUCUCAAGCAAGCAGUUGGCAAUUUCUAUAAAAAUACUUGAAAAGCUUAGGGAUAGUAGACAAAAUUCUGAACAGACAUAAUGAUUUCUAGACCAAUACAAAGUGUGAGAGAUAGUAGAAGACUUCAAUAAAUCAAUUAAAUUUCUUUUUAGAAUUCUUAGAAUAUUUUUUCAUAAAAGUUAAUGAAUUGCAGGUUGAAAUAAAACACAAAAUAUUGAUAGGUUUAAGAGGCCUGGGAUUUUUCAGGACUGGUCCUGAUUUCUGGCUUUUGGCUGGCAGAAUUUCAAUGAUAGCCUAAGUCUGAAAUAUAACACCAUUGAUAAAGGUCAUUUCAGGCUUGAAAGUGUAGAUAUUUGAGUUUUUGAUAUUGACUGAACCCCAGGCCUGUAAAUUAUGUUUGAAACUGUAAGGAUCAAAUGGAUUGAUCUUGUUUCCUGACGUAACUACUAUGUUUCAAUUAUGAAUGAAGCAUUUGAAUAAAGUUGUCAGUUUUGUU